AUGAACGUCGGCGUGGCCCACAGCGAGGUGAACCCCAACACCCGCGUCAUGAACAGCCGCGGGAUCUGGCUGACCUACGCCCUGGGCGUGGGCCUGCUCCACAUCGUGCUGCUCAGCAUCCCCUUCUUCAGCGUUCCCGUGGCCUGGACCCUAACGAACGUCAUUCACAACCUGGGGAUGUAUGUGUUUAUGCACGCGGUGAAAGGAACUCCUUUUGAAACUCCGGACCAGGGUAAGGCAAGGCUCCUCACUCACUGGGAGCAGCUGGACUAUGGAGUGCAGUUCACCUCUUCACGCAAGUUUUUCACCGUCUCUCCAAUAAUCCUAUAUUUUCUGGCAAGUUUCUAUACGAAGUAUGACCCAACUCACUUCAUGCUGAACACAGCUUCUCUCUUGAGUGUGCUAAUUCCCAAAGUGCCACAGCUGCAUGGAGUUCGGAUUUUUGGAAUUAACAAGUAUUGA